GACACUCCACUUUGCAUGCGCUCCCUGCCUCCAGCCGGGCCCCAGCCUCCUGCCCAGACCCCCUGCACCCCCAGGGGAGGUGUUUGUCCUUCACCAAUCGCCAGGCUCUUCCUGUCCGAUUUCCAAAGUGCCAGUUCCCCAGAGCAGAGCGGGAGCUGGAAUCCAAGGCACGCGGGGCCCUUGCUUGCAGCAGCCAGAGUCCGUCCGCCUGUGAGGAUGUGGCUGUACCUGGCCGCCCUGCUGGGGCUGUACUUCCUCUGCCGAUGGUAUCGGGAGCGGCAGAGCGUCGAGGGCCUCCCGGAGAAAUACGUCCUGAUCACCGGCUGCGACUCCGGCUUCGGGAACCUGCUGGCCCAGCAGCUGGACGUGCGGGGCCUGCGGGUGCUGGCGGCUUGUCUCACCCAGCAGGGCGCGGAGCAGCUGAGGAAGGCGACGUCGCAGCGGCUGCAAACGGUGAUCCUGGACGUCACCCGGACCGACAGCAUCGCCGCGGCCACCGCCUGGGUGAAGGAACAAGUGGGGGACAAAGGGCUCUGGGGCCUGGUGAACAACGCAGGGAUCGGCAUCCCCACGGCCCCCAACGAGUGGCUGACCAAGGACGACUUCGUCAAGGUGUUGAACGUGAACCUGAUCGGCCUCAUCGAGGUGACCCUCAGCGUCCUGCCCCUGGUGAAGCGAGCCAGGGGCCGGGUCGUCAACGUGGCCAGCACGAUGGGCCGGCUGGCCAUGAUUGGAGGGGGCUACUGCCCGGCCAAGUACGGGGUGGAGGCGUUCUCCGACAGCCUCCGGCGGGAGCUCCUUCCUUUCGGGGUCAAGGUGUGCAUCAUAGAGCCGGGCGCCUUCGGGACGCAGAUCUUAAAUACCCAGAUCAUGAAAGACAUGCUGCAGGAGGUGUGGGGCCGGGUCCCCGCCGAGAUCAAAGAGUCGUACGGGCAGCGCUACUUCGACACCUAUUAUGAGCAAUUCCUCCAGCUCUUAUCCACGGCCAGCCCCAACCUCUUCCUGGUCACCGACUGCAUGGAGCACGCGCUGACAGCCCGCCACCCCCACACUCGCUACUCGGGGGGCUGGGACGCUAAGCUGUAUUACCUCCCGCUCUCCUACUUGCCAGCCUGGUGCCAAGACUUCCUGCUGACUCUCCGGCAGCCCAAACCGGCCCAGGGCAUCUAGGGGGCAUCGGCGGUGAAGCCACCCGGGGGAGAUAUUACGGUUGAGACGGCAGCAUCUCGCCGUGUAACUUACUAGCUUCUGGGGUGCAGCGUAUUGCUUGUUUUAAAGCCAGCGGGGUGGGACUGAUCAGGUGUCAUACUCCGGUUAAUGA